AUGACCAGCGAAGAAAAAGAAGACAAAAACACUGGCUGGAAACGUACCUUGAUCCACAGUCAAAAACGAAUGCGGAGGCUGCCGGCACGGUGUAGAGCUGCACGACACGAACGGGCCGGAAACGCGCGUCGGACAGACGACGAUGAAGAAGAGAAGAAAACAGGAGAAGAGGCAACAAAAGGCAAGUACGCCUGUACAGACUACAUGGUACCUGCCGAGCACGUGUUGCGAAUUACGGAGGCAUCUUACAAGGCAGGAAAGCGUGGACGGGCAAAGCGGACAAGACGGAGCGACGCGAAAGGGUGCGUCCAUCUGAGACCGAGCAGAAAGAGCGAUGGGGUGUUUGUCAGGACGCAAUCACAGCCAGAACUAUGUCUCACGGUUGCUCCUGCUUUCGCGAGGCAUGUUGCUGAGUGUGUCAUGCAUGCGCAGUGCGCAGUGCGCAGUGCUCUUUCCAUCUUUCGUGCAGAGUAA